AAUAUCAAAACUUUUUCUCCAAGUCAAGAGAGGAGAAACUUGCACUUUACAGUAAACAAGAGCCAACAACACUAAAACAAGACAGAUUUGUAGCAGAGUAUCUUGGAGCAGAGAGCAAAGAGUUUAAACAUGAGUCUAUUUUAGAUGAGAAGAAAACUUUGCUAGGGAAUAUGGUUACUACAAAUAAUACACAAGAAGAAUCUGACAGAAAUAGCUCGAUUCUGAUGGACAUUGUUUCUAUUAAGCCAAUUACCCUAUUAAGCAAUUAUGGAAAAAAUAUACUAAAUGACAUCAAAAACUCUGCUCGUAAAAGAUAUUCCACUGAACAGGAAGAAACAACUACUACAAUUAACAAUAAGCUGGAAAGCAGUCAAAGCAUACUUGUACAAAAUGAA